AUGGAGAAAAUGGAUGUUGAAUCCUCUGCCUCAAAUUCAUCACCUGAAAAUCAGCAGGCAAAUGACAUUGAGAUGUACUGGUGUGCUGUCAACACGCCAAUUCAUUCGAUAUUUAAAUACGUAAAAGAAUCAGGAACAGAAGACCGAUUACUAAAAUGCUUGGAAUCUCUUAUAAACAGCAGCGAUACUCCAAUGAAGAUUUUAAUUCCUCCCAUUCUGAGACCAACUGCAAGUAAAGACAACAAUCAUAUUAACAAUAUUUAUGAACAAGUAGAAUUAAAUCACAAAAAAUACAAUUUAUUCACUAUCUGGAUCUUCGGGAUGCUGUUUUACACAUCAAGUGUCCCGACGUUCAGUCAGAAAAUGAUCGACAGUUGCGAAAAUGUCCAGAUAAAAUUAUUGAAGGCACUCUACUGGCUCUAUUACCGUGGGUUCAAUUUAAUUUACACUCGAUACAUCGAAGUACUCGACUAUCUGCUGCCUUACAUCGAUGAUGACAGCGAGUCAGGACAUUACGAUUCAAAUUUGAAUUUAACGAUAAGUAAAUUCAAAGUCGAUCAAAGUAUUUCCUCAGAAUUAAAUCUCACAAUACCAACGAUGGCAAUCGACUCGCGUGACAGAGUUCUGUCUGUGAUGAUUUCAGUGCUGAAGAUUUUAGUCAACUCCGAAAUUUUUGACGACUACACAGAUCACAAAAAAAAUAUUUGGCACAGAACAAUUACGAUACUAAAAAAAUUGGACCCCAGAGCAAAAGUUCUUGCUGUCAAGUUGAUGUCAAAGAUAAUUGAAUUUACAGACAACGAUGAGCAGAUCAAAAUUUUCUUGGUUUAUGUCCAGGAAAUUUUUGAAUCCGCGAAUAAUUGGCAGUCUUGUACUUGGAACAAAGAAGCCAUUGAUGAUCUUAAUGCAGUGAUCGCAAAAACACUCGAUAACAUUGCGAUCAACAGGAAGGAAAUAUUCAAUUUCUGUCUCAAUAUCAUUUCCACAUGUGAAAAUAAACAGCUACAAUUGACAGCAUGCAAAAAAAUAGUAAAUUAUCUAAAGGAAUAUCCGACAUCAUUGGAAAAUAAUAAAUUUUUAGAUGAAACUCAUCAGGGAUUAUCGGCUGCAUUCAAACGAUUUGACGAUGAUGAGAUUUGUCGUGUGAUCGCUCACAUAAUUGCCGCAGAUAUCUUCAUAUUUAUACGGAAUUACAAAAAUAGAAAUGACAGUAAAAUAUUUUUAGUUGCCAAGUCAAGUUUUCUGUGGCAAAAACUACUGGAUUUUGUUGACAGUCAAGAAAAAUCUGAUCAUAUAAAAUAUAUGUGUAGAUUAAUUAAAAUAUCACGUUUGUUAUCGAGUUGGUUGCAAGAAAAUACAGACAUGCAUGGAAAAUUUUUUCCAGAUUACCACCGAUUGUGUCAGACUCUUUCAUGUAAUUUAGAAACAGCCGCUGAAAGUAAAAAUUUAAAUGUCAUGCAAAUGAUCUAUUGCUGUUUUAUGGACAUGAUGUCAUUUAUUGAGCCAAGUAGUCAAAUUACGACAUUAUUAUUCCACAUUAUUUUACUUCCGCUGACGUCAUCGUCCUCUGCUGCGUCAACGAAACAAGAUCUCCAAGAAUUGCCAUUUAAAAAUAAUGAUUUAAUUAUUUCCGUGUCAAAAACCGUUGAUAUUUCGACAAAAAUUUCGUGUGUCAAUACUUUAUGUCAAUUUUAUAAAGGCAAAGAUCACAUAAGUUAUUUGAGCGGCCUCAUUACUGCAACUGCGACUGCAACUUCAAAUUCAAAUGACCAAGCGGACCAACUAGCGACUACUGUUAUUUUAAAUUCGCCAUUACUGAUUUUAAAUAACAGCAACAUUCGCUUUUCUCAUAUAAAUAUGCACAUAUUGAACCCAGCAUAUGUGGGAAAAAAACGUGUACUACUAGAAGCACUUGGGAAAAUAAUCGGACCAAUUGUCUGCAUAUUAUCAGGUCAUGCUAAAAUAAUUCCUCUUACUUGGGACUCCUUUGAGUGGAAAGUCCACUGCGAUGUUUGCGACAGCAAAAAUUAUUUUUACAACAGAAAUAAUUUGAUAAAAAAAGAAGACGAAAUUAUACUGCGUACGUAUCUCAAUUUACUAAAAUUUGACAGCAUGAUACGUAUAAAUAUUGCCGAUAAUUUAACAAAACUAUCAAACCACACGCGCACAUUUAAUACCAAUGAAGUCACGAGCAUGUGGUUGCCAUACUUGAGAGACAGCAAUGAAAGUGUUCGUGUUAAAUUGUCAAGGUCAGUAGAGAUAAUAAUUAAGAAUCGACUUGCUGCUGAUUUGCCGGAUUAUAAAAAUAUUUGCCAAGAAGAUUGGCCGCAGGAUUUACGUCUGUUUAUUGAGUCAAUUAUCAAAGAACUUGCAGGUACACUUGAUGCGGUACUCGAUGAAAAAUUAAACGAAAGCGUUCACGAAACUUUGCUGAUUACCACAAAAUAUAUAGCGCGCGUACCGAUUUAUUUUAUUGAAAAGCGACUGAUUUCUAUAUUUGUUAUCAGUAUCAUCCAUCCGAACUCUUCGUACAUCGGAAUAUCAACAGCGAGUGUCAGUUACAAAGAGACCGCGGGUUACUACAAUUUGACACCCAAGGAAAUUUUUUCCCGGCACAAAACGGAACUGCUGAUCGUAAUUGUGCGGCUCAUUGCGAGAAAUAGUUACGUCAAGUCGCAUAAUUUAUCACUGACGUUAAAUCGGUUGUCAAAUUGCUUUGGGUUCAUUGGGUCGCGUGAAAUAUUUCGUAAAAAUGGGAGCGUUAUAAUGUCAAUAUUAAUUCCACUUGUUGUCAAAGUACAGCCGCGUAUAAAUAAUAUACUAAAAGAAAUAACAUUUCUCAUGAGUUCAAAUGAGAGCGACAUAUACAGCGAAUAUUUCAGUCAUAUAUUUCCUUAUAUUUAUUUGAAUGAGGAACUGGAUGUUGUCAAUAAAUGUUUGAAAUUAAUUGUCACUAAAACUCAAAAGACUUUGUCUAAACUUAUCGACAAUAAUUUUUCUGAAAUUUUCCGCGAAUUGUUGUUACAUUUUCAUGACAAGCAAUCGCGAGUUAUCUAUUGUUUGGAUGCAAUGAUACAGUACAGCGACGAGCGGCUCAACGGUAUGACGUUUGAAAAUAAAGAAAAUGUUGCUGAGUAUUUGAAUUCUCGUUUACUUGCGAUCUUGGUAUUUUUCGACGGUAAUUUAAAUCCAGAUAAGUCGGAUUUUUAUACGCAACGUUGCGCACUUGGGUCGCUAAGCGCACUAAUUAAAUUUAUGGGAGUUAAUUAUAUCAAUCAAUUGAAACACAAAAUUUUAGCGAUACUCCGCGCUGCGCUGCGUAACUUUUCAAAGCAACCGGAUCUCAGACGGCUGGCAUGCGAAGCUUGGGAUUCAUUUAUUCAUAAUAUUGCGCUCAAUGAACUCGGUCCACUUUUGCCAACAAUUUGCAUCUCUUUGAUUCCAUUACUUGAAGUUUAUCCUGAUGACGUCAAUAAAAUGUUGGAGUAUAUUCUGAUAAAAAAUUACAGAUCAGUGUCCCAAGACAUACAGGAACUAUUUUUUUUCAAUGAUCUUCCGAACAUAAAAUGUGAAGUCACAAAUAAAAUAAAAUCCCAAAUAAGUGGUACGCCUGACAACUUUGUAAAAAAUUUACAAGUAUGGCAGCGUCGAAUUGUCCAUGAGACUGACGAAGUGAGACUGAAAGCUCUGAUUCACCUGAAGAAUUUUCUUCAGCAGCAUCGCGGGGAAUUGAAUGAAAUGAUUCUCAAUCACGACGCAACAAAUCACGUGCAUCCUGCAAUCAUCAGUUUGCUUGACGCAUUAUUGGCUGGGUGCCGUCAACAAGACACAGCUACGGAAAAUAACCAGCAUCAUUUACGACAGGACAUACGUCACUGGUCUGGUGAAUGCCUCGGCGAACUGGGUGCGAUUGAACCAAAUUUACUGCCCAGGAGAAUAAUAUCUCGAGGUGACAGUAAAUUUAUGUCGGAAAUGAACGCGGAAUUCGCCUGCGAUCUUUUGAACGAACUGGUACGCGCGUUCAAUGAACAAAAUACCACAAGAAAUGUUGACUGUUUUUCACUGGCGAUACAAGAAAUACUAAAAAUAUGGGACAUUAAACCCGAGGGUGGUGCCAAUAGCGAGCUAUGGCAGUCAUUUACACCAUUGACACAACAAAUAAUCUUUCCAAUGCUCACAUCUCACUACACAAUUCUAUCAACUCCGGAUGCCAGUAACAUAAAUUACCCAAUUUACGGUACCGAGGCGGCGCGAACAUUUGAAUCGUGGAUCCGAAAUUGGGUUUGUCGUAUGAUCGCUUCAUUAAAAUUCGAUCGCAAUAAUUCCGAUGAUAAUUACGACAAAAUAAUAACGAUGUUGAACGCAUGUUGGCCAGCAUUCAAACGCGAUCUUGAGACUACGAUGUUCUGUAUACCGCAAUUAGUAACACUGACGAUAAUAAGCGGCAAUAACAGUGAGUGCGAUGGUUUAGUACGUGAAAUAUUGGCAGUAAUUAGUGUAAUAAGCGACCAAUUGGAUAAUGAUGAAUACAAACGACAGCAACUUCGUCCAAUGAAGAGUUUAUUUGAUGACAUUAAAUAUUUGAAUUCAAAUAACAGUAAUAGUAAUGACAGUAAGUCUGAAUCUAAUGAUCCAGAACGUAUUUCGUCAAAUGAAACACGACGGAUACGAUGUUCCCAAGUAAUAUUUUCAACACUUGAUCAUUUAAGACGUUGGCUAGAGGAAAAUAGACGAGCGCAUCAAAAUACUUUGAAGUAUCAGGCUGUCGAUAAGUUUAUAAAUCGAUUAAAUAAUUUACAGUUAGCGGAAGGAUGUUACGAAUCCCGAGAGUAUCAUCGCGCUCUGAUGUAUCUCGAGCGACAUAUGGCAGCCAAUAAAAAUGACAAGUUGUCAUCUGCCAGUGAAAUUGAUUUACUGGCUAAAAUUUAUACACAACUAGAAGAACCUGAUGGUGUAUUUGGUAUCUUAGCAUCUCAAGAUCAUUCACCGACAAUUGAACAAUUGGUUUUAGCACAUGAAGUUGGAGGGAAGAUGCAAGACGCGGCGACUUGCUAUGAACGUCUUGCCCAGCAUCACAAUUCCGCGCCAAAAUAUGUCAAGGGAAUAAUAAAAUGUUACUUGAGUUUAGAGCAACCAUUCACGGCUAUAAAUAUUACCAACGGUAUUCUUAACAGUAAACCGGAACUUGAGCCGCAUUUGAUUGAUUCCGAGCCCUUUUGGCGGCUCGCGCACUUCGUUCAUCUCAAUAGUAAUGACGAAAAUGUGACGAACAAACGAAGUAAUGAACUUGACAGCAAUGAUGACGAAAAAACUUACAUCAAACGCACGCUCAUGAUGGAUUUGAGCAAAGGAAAGCAGCCGAAUUUAUCAGCCCUCAAGCAACGGCUUAUUUCGAUGAUUGGUUUCGCGUCGUCACACCAAGACGCUUAUCAGCAAAGUUACUCUCAUAUUAUGAAGCUUCAUGUGAUAAAUGAAUUUGAAAAGGCAACGGAGUUGAUGAUUACAGACAUCAAUGCGCUGCCAAAUAUUUUUGACGAAUGGGAAAAACGCAGCAGUUUAGUUCGCGCGUCACGUGGCGUUGAAUUUGUAAUGGGGAUGCGUCGCGCUGCUUUGGAUUUGGCGCUCACACUUGCUAAUAGUAAUAAUAAACCCAGUACUGCUGUUGGUAGUGACAAUAAAUCGAUGUCAAGAUUAAAUGAAGGAACUAAGUCAACAUUGAAAGAAGAGAUCGGAAAAAUUUGGCUAAAAAGUGCCAAGAUAGCGCGCAAAGCUGGACUCUAUCAACAAGCCUACAUGUAUAUUUUGUCAGCAAGUGACUACUGUCCGCCUCGAGAAUUACAUAUCGAAAAGGCGCAACUGUACUGGCAAAAAGACUGUCAGGAAGACGCAUUCAAUACACUGGAACGGUCAUUUAAAAAGUGUUACAAACCGUUUGAAUACUACAGAAAAAUUCCCAUCAGAGGUCCAUCGGCAAAGACACUCGCCGGCGAGAGAAAAAAUUUAGCUAAGGCUAAACUACUGUACGCGCAGUACAAUGACCAAAUAGUUAACGUCAGCACUGAGCAAAACACAAUUUACUACCAAGAUGCGGUGGAUGUUUGGCAGUGUUGGGAAAAAAGUUACUUGGCUUGUGCUCAGUAUCACGAUUCGUUAUUUGAAAGAAUGACCGAAGAGCAGCGUUUGAGUAAUUCAGGACUUCUGUUACAAUUAAGAAUGAUACGUAAUUACGCAAAAUCUCUGCAAUUCGGCUGCAAGUAUAUCCAUCAAGCCAUGCCACGGAUGUUGACUAUUUGGAUGAAUUUAGCGUCGUGCGUUCACGGUAACCGUAACGCAACUAAUGAACAAACUGAAAAAUUGAGUAAAAUGACGCAAAUGAUGGAAGUUUAUGCUGAUGGACUGCCUAAAUUUAUGUGGCUCACAGCACUAAGUCAACUGAUUUCCCGUAUUUGUCAUCCAGAAACAACAAUACGGGUUGUCCUUGAUAAAAUUCUCGCGGAUUUGAUCGUAGCUUACCCUCACUACUGCCUAUGGAUGAUGGCAUCCGUAAAAAAUUCGUCGUAUGCUGCGCGUAAAAAACGUUGCGACGAUAUUUUUAAAAAUCCAAAACUCAAUACCAGUGAAAUGAAAAAGUAUCUCGAUGACUUCAAACGUCUCUGGGAAUGUAUAAUGGAAAUAUCUAAUACAAAGGUACCUGACAGAACAUUCAAAACGACAAUUAAUUUCUUAUCUAAAUCACUGGUAUCCUUACUCGCGGAACCACAUUUCGGGCCUAUUCCAAUGCCGACGAGUUUAUUUUUCCAAUUGCGUUUGCCAUCGUCGUCAAUUGGACAGUCGAAAAAAAACCCAAAUAAUGGUGGCUAUGAUAAAAAAAACUACAAUCCAUUUCCCCAAAAUAAUGACGUCGUUCAUAUAAAAUCGAUCGAAGAAAAAAUUGAUGUUAUAAAUUCGUUAGCGCGACCGCGUAAAAUAACAUUUAUUGGGUCUGAUGGCAAACGUUAUAUAUUUAUGUGCAAACCUAAAGAUGACUUGCGUAAAGACUGUCGUCUUAUGGAAUUUAAUAGUAUUGUUAAUAAAUACUUGCAAAAAGACCCGGAGUCACGUCAAAGACGAUUGUACAUUAGGAUGUAUAGCGUCAUACCCAUUGAUGAAGAAUGCGGUUUAGUCGAAUGGAUAUCAAAUUUAUAUGGGUUCCGUCCAAUUGUUCUUCAGUUAUAUAGAGAACGUGGCAUACCAGUGAUGAGCGGUAAAGAACUUAGUGAGGCAACUUGUAAGAAAAUUGACCCGUUGGAAAAAAAACGGAAUGUAUAUUUAAAAAAAUUAUUACCGCGACACCCAGCAGUAUUUGGUGACUGGUUUAGAUUAAACUUUCCCGACGCUUAUGGCUGGUAUGAAGCGCGCAAUGCCUACAUUAGAACAACUGCUGUGAUGUCAAUUGUUGGAUACAUACUGGGUCUGGGUGACCGUCACGGUGAAAAUAUUUUGUUUGAUUCAAAAUGCGGUGACUGUGUUCACGUUGAUUUUAACUGUCUCUUUAAUCGCGGUGAGUCAUUCGAAAUCGCAGAGCGGGUGCCUUUUAGACUUACUCAUAAUAUGAUUGAUGCGAUGGGGCCAUUGAAAUAUGAAGGACCAUUCAGACGUUCGUGCCAAAUAACUAUGAGAAUACUUCGACAGCAGACUAGUACGUUGAUGAGUGUUCUGACACCGUUUGUUUAUGAUCCGCUGGUAGCAUGGAGUAAAUCGAUGGGAUCAGCUGGUAAGGGAACUAGUAACAUCGCGGAAAGAACUAAUGAACAGGCAGUAAAAAAUAUAAAAGAUAUUGAAUUAAGACUCAAAGGUUACGUUAAAAUACAGGGUAGAGAAUUAGAAACCGCUGCGGUAAGUUUGAGCGUUGAAGGACAAACUAAUCACGUUAUUUCGGACGCAACUAAUAUCGAUAAUUUGUGUCAAAUGUACAUAGGCUGGAGUGCAUACAUGUAACCUUUAUUUUUUUCUACUUUAAUUAAUAACUCAGUGAUUAUUUAAAUAAAUAAAAUAAUUUUUAUACUUUUGUUAAUUAUGUACAUUUACAUUUAUUUUUUACACUUUAGCUUAAAGUUACAUAUCUAAAUUCUGUAGAAGCAUAAAGUAUGAUACCGAUGUGCUUAAUAUCUGUGUAAAUAAUUAACAUAAAUUAAUAAUAAAGU